ACCACCAACAGGUUCAUUCUCUAGGAUUUGCAUCAGCACUUGGAGAGAAAGAACAAAACAAGGCAGCACAAAGCUAGGAUCCUCAAGACAAAUAAGAUGGGGUGGUAUUUGUUGGUGCUAAUGCUUAGUUUCCCCUGUCUAUCCUGGGCUGAUUGCUCAGAACAGUGUCUCAAAUGCGCUCUGCAGAUCUCCGACUCACCUCUCAACCUGCUGACUUGUACUUUAGAGUGCGAAGGAACGCUUACAUCCAGCACUGAACUGGAUCGUUGCGAGAAGAUUUUAUGGGAACGACCCGAAGACGACCUGCAGGAUCUGACAGUGUCGAACCCAGUGAAGCGUUAUGGCGGAUUCAUAAAAAGGAUAGACAAAAACAAAAAAAACCUGCUGACUUCACCCUGGAGGGAGAACGCUGUGGACAAAGGGUCACUGGCAAAGAAAUAUGGUGACGCCAUGUUAAAACUGAUCGAGAGAAAUGCGCCCGAGUUGACCGAGGACGUCGAAGGCGAAGAUGUCACCUCAGAGAACGAAAUGGGACUUUAUGACAGUUCGUUUCCUCGGAAUGAGGUGAAACGUUACGGAGGCUUCCGGCGAAAGUUCUUUCCCAAAAGAAGUGAGUCUGAGGAAGAAGAAACCGGCCAGCAGGAGCUGCAGAAAAGAUACGGAGGCUUCAUGAGAAGAAACCGUCCUAAAUUAAAUUGGGACAACCAGAAGAGAUACGGCGGGUUUUUACGACGCCAUUUUAAAAUUUCAGUGCGUUCAGACGAGGAGCCUUCAUCGUACGAUGAUUUUGGUCUUUAGAGUGUUUUGCUAAGAAAGAAAAGUAGCUGAACUUAUACAGGCUGAUGAAGUCUCAUGACUUUCUGUUGUUUUAGCCACACAUAUGCUGCUAAACGUUUGGAUCCCGUAUUCACUGUACAACGUGCUGUUUACGGCAUUCGUGUAUUAACACACCGCCGCCAUUUUUGCUGUUCGAUGUAAACAAAUACGAUGCGUGCUGUAUUUUAAUGCU